AUGGGCCAAAGAGAUUUGACAGAGAAUGUGCCAUACAAUAGGGAGCCCGAAGUUGAAAAUCCAUUCAUUUCGCCAAUAGACGAAGAAAGCUCUUAUGAUCUGAAUCAGGAUUUAACACCGAGCCAACUGGAAGAUUAUAACCCCAUAAAUACAAACGAUCCUAAUUACGGAGGAACAUUCGACAAUUAUAAUGGAUAUUACUCGAAUAACGGGACAUCAUCGAACUUGUUGUCGAAUGAUGGAACAUUUGAAGAUACUCUGGGCGUCCGUAACUCUACGGGAAUUGGUAGGGUAGGUUCGUCGCGAAAUUUAUAUGUGCCACCAGAGUAUGAUAGAUAUCCGUCAAUGGCGGGUUCACGAGCAGUGUCAUCAACAUCUCUCUCAUCAGAUAUGUAUAAUAGCACGCAAAACCUUCGUAACCUGCAAAAUUUACCUGAAUCAGAAAGAGACGACUCUUCAAUAUCUAACAAGUCGGCAAACCCACUUGUUGAGACCGACUUCAGUCCAUUCGGAGGAUAUCCCGCGACAUCUUUUCCUUUGCAUAUAGACGAGAAGGAACCUGAUGAUUAUUUGCACAACCCAGAUCCUAUUGCUGAUGCGAAAUAUGACAAGAAUAGAUUCAUAUAUGAUUUAAAGAAUAUUGAUAGAAGGUCUUUGGGUGGAUUAUUAGGAAUCAUUUUCAUGUUGUUGGCAGCUAUUGUUGUUUUUAUUUUGUUGCCUGUGUUAACAUAUUCUGGUGUUACUGAGCCAUAUACUCCUGAGAGUUAUGAAAUAUUGACUUCAUACCGAUAUCCCUUGUUGAGUGCUAUCAGAACUGAUUUGGUUGAUCCAGAUACUCCUGAAACAGCUUUAACUAGAAAGGCUAAUAACGGAGAUACAUGGAAGUUAGUCUUCUCCGACGAAUUUAACGCAGAUGGCAGAACGUUCUAUGAUGGUGAUGAUCAGUUCUUCCAGGCUGUUGACAUAUGGUACGGAGGUACUCAGGAUUUGGAAUACUAUGAUCCAGAUGCUGUGUCGACUGCUAACGGUACUUUGAACUUGAGAAUGGAUGCAUACAAGAACCACGAUUUGUUUUACAGAUCUGGUAUGGUUCAAAGUUGGAAUAAAUUUUGUUUCACUCAAGGGUUACUAGAAAUUUCUGCCAGGUUGCCAGGUUAUGGUAAUGUAUCAGGAUUAUGGCCAGGUUUAUGGACUAUGGGUAACUUAGGACGUCCUGGAUAUAUGGCUAGUACUGAAG